AUGGCCGACUUUGGAUUGCGGGCCCCUCAUGGGCCUGACAUGUCCGGCACUCACAACCCUUUAGAGGACAUGGAUAUACAUGAGAAGGGUGCCUUUGACGAAUUGAUUCGUCCGGAUGACAGCUACACAAAGGAUGGAACAUACUGGGCUGAUUUGCCGCUCGGGCAGAAGAUCAAGUUCGUCAGCUCCUACGACGCCGCGGAGACCAGACGCGAACUUGGAAACAUUUGGGAAAUGAUCAAGGUGGAUCCUCUUUCGCCAGUUUCAUAUUACUUCCGCAAUAUGGUCCUGCCUGGUGCGGGUCUUGGUUUGGAGGGUUAUGUGCUGUUCUCCAUUGGCAACAUCAAGCCGCUGUUUGAAAAGACAUGGCCGGAUUGUUGGGACAACGCCACUACUUGCAAUCAGCAGUGGAUCAACGCGGUUGAUUACUUGGAAAUCAUUGGUAUCAUCUGUGGUCAGAUUCUGGUGGGAAUUAUUGGUGACUGGCUGGGACGCCGGUGGGGUUUGAUUCAAGAUGCUACGAUCAUGUUUCUCGGUUUGAUUAUGCUCACGGCCGCGUGGGGUUUGACCAUGAAUGGCUGGGUAAUUUGCUACGCCUGGUCGCUGUUCUUCUACAGUGUUGGAGUUGGUGGUGAAUACCCGAUGACUGCGACCAGUGGUAUGGAGAACGCAGUGGGCUCCGGCAAGAUCUCGACCAAGGAAGACCGCCUCCACCGAGGCCGCAAGGUUACCAGUGCUUUCCUGAUGCAGGGUUGGGGUCAAUUCUUCAACCAGGCUCUGCUGAUUAUCCUGCUGUUGAUUUUCCACCAUGGCAGCGGUAACAACCCUUACUCCGCCGUUUCCACCCAAUGGACAUACCGUAUCUCCUUUGCCAUUCCCGCCGCUGGAACUCUGUGGCUGGUCUACUACCGUGCCUAUCAUAUGAAGGCGGCGAGCAAGCAAUUGACUGCAGCAAAGAAGAAGUCUUCGGUGACUGGCUACGACUUCGACUCUUUGCGCCUCACAUUCAAGUACUUCGGUCCUCGUCUGAUUGCCACUGCCGGCGGUUGGUUCUGCAACGAUGUGUUCUUCUACGGCAACAAGCUGUUCCAGAGUGAAUUCAUCUCCGUGAUCAGUCCGUCCUCCGACUCGAUCAUGCCCACCUGGUUGUGGAGCUUGGUUAAUGUGGGUGUUUCAUUGGUUGGCUACUACUGUGCUUCCUUUGUUAUCGACAACAAACUCUACGGUCGCAAGUGGAUGCAGACACUCGGCUUCUUGAUGUGCUUCGUCUUGUUCGUGGUCCCCGCCUUCCACUACGAGUACUAUACCUCGGCCGAACACAUCAAGGAGUUCCAGGCCAUGUACUUCCUCAGCUCCUUCUUCAACCAGUUUGGUCCGAACAGUGUGACUUUCCUGGUGGCCGCUGAGGUGUACCCCACGCCCAUCCGUGCCACUGCCCACGGCCUGUCCGCUGCAGCUGGUAAAUCUGGUGCUCUCCUGGCAGCCGUUCUGUACAACUACAUUGAUGACCAAACAAAAUUCCUGGUGGUUCCCUGGUUCGGAUUGGCUGGUGUUGUUCUGACUUUGGCCUUCCUGCCCGAUACCACUGGUCUGGAUUUGAAGGAACAGGAGCGUCGCUGGCAGUACAUCCGUGAAGGUCGGGAUCAAGAAUACCAUGGUCCUGCAGUCCACCCCAAGCACCUUUCUUGGUAUGAGCGCUUCGUCUUGCACCUCGACCGCAACUACGAUGCCGAACAGGAUUACCAGCACAAGGUUGAGGAGUACCGCGCUGAGUGGGAGGCUGCCAUGGCCUCGAAGUACGCUGAGAAGGAGAGCGGUGACGAUAGUGUCGAGGACACCGAUGACUCGCUGCUUGAGGGCCACGUCCACACUUACUUCCAUCGCACCAGUCCUAUGUUCAAGGGUAUGAGCCCCAUGGAGAAGCCUGGAUCCUCAAAUAGAAAGGAUGACUUCACCCUGCCACCCGCCGCCGAGGUGGACGAAGAUUCCUACUUCAAUGCUGAGCGACACGACAACCCCGCGAAUGUGCCAGCUGCUGAUGCGCAAAAUACAUAUACCAGCGGGCAACGCACACUCUCGAGCGAGUCACAUACAUUCUCGUCAAGUGAGAAACACUCAUAG